AAAGCAGAGCGAGACCCCUCCCAUUCAGCGCCUUUCUCGCUUGUUCCUCCCCCCACUUGCCCACCCAGCUCUCAACUCCAAGCUCAAAGCUCAAGAAGCGACCUCGCCGGAGCUCACUCAGCUCAGCUCUCUUACGGCGACGAUGGCGUCGUUCCACGUGGCGCAGGAGGUGGACCCAUGGGCGCCGGGGUUCUGGCGCGACUUCGCCAUGGGCAUGCUCAAGCCGCUGGCGGCGACCGCCGUGGUGGCCAUGGCGGUGGCGCUGAGCUUCACGCAGCGGCUGGGCGUGGAGGCGGAGAUGCUCUACGCCAUCGCGCGCUCCUUCCUGCAGCUCUCCGUCAUCGGCUUCGUGCUCCACUUCAUCUUCACCCAGAGCAGCCCGCUCUGGAUCCUGCUCGCCUACCUCUUCAUGGUCACCGUCGCCGGCUACACCGCGGGCCGCCGCGCCAGGCAGGUCCCGCGCGGCGGGUACAUCGCCGGCGUGUCCAUCCUCGCCGGCACCGCCGUCACCAUGUUCCUGCUCGUGGUGCUCAGCGUGUUCCCCUUCACGCCCCGCUACAUCAUCCCCGUGGCCGGCAUGAUGGUCGGCAACGCCAUGACCGUCACCGGCGUCACCAUGAAGAAGCUCCACGAGGACGUCAAGACGCAGCGGAGCCUCGUGGAGACGGCGCUGGCGCUGGGGGCGACGCCGCGGCAGGCGACGGUGCAGCAGGUGCGGCGGUCGCUGGUGAUCGCGCUGUCGCCGGUGAUCGACAACGCCAAGACGGUGGGGCUGAUCGCGCUGCCGGGGGCCAUGACGGGGCUCAUCAUGGGCGGCGCGUCGCCGCUGGAGGCCAUCCAGCUGCAGAUCGUGGUGAUGAACAUGCUCAUGGGGGCGUCCACCGUCAGCAGCAUCCUCUCCACCUACCUCUGCUGGCCGGCCUUCUUCACCAAGGCCUUCCAGAUCGACAACUCCGUCUUCGCCGACUAGACAUGGCCAGACAAGCAACCGUUCUGUUUUCUGUGUGACAAUGACAAUGACAAAUAAUUUUGUUUUUCUGUACUUCAAAGUCGUUUGGGCUGAGGCCACAUGUUUUCAUGCAGAAUUCCGUCCGUCAAUUCUGGGCUUGAGCCAUUUUUUAACCUCGGCGACAUUUAUUAAACAGUAUCAAUAUCCUCUACAAGAGAGGGGAUUAAGAAGUCAGGAGGAUGAUCGCGCCACUCCUAAGAAAAAACA